AUGACACGAACCAGUUGUAGUGAAGACUUUCUCAGCAAUUCCGCAUCAUUGUUCAAUCUUCGAGAUGCUCGUUCAUUGAAAGCAAAUUUCUGCUCAGCUACGGAAACAAAGGAAGUUAUUCCUGAUAGAAAUGGUACAUUUCAACAUUCCACAAGAAUACAUUCUGCCGAAUAUCAACCGUAUUGUGCUAGAAGAGGCUUAAAUAUUGACCAAUUGAGUCAAAAUAAUCACAUUAAAUCAUUCAUUUACAAAUUGCACAAAGUUGUCAAGAACGCAGGACUUGAUAUAGGAACGAGUGAAGCUGUUACUGAUACAUUGAUGGCUCAUUUGAUAUUUCUUGCU